UUAUGUGACGCCCUCAUCGCGGGUGCCAUUCAAACGAUUUCGAAGCCCUGUAGUAAUUUCUUGCAUAGCUCCGAUUUGCAUAAAAAUGUGAUUUUAGCAAUGGCAAAUGAGCGCUAAGCGUAGUCGACAUUAGCCUGUCACAGACUAUCAACUGUAGCAAAGAUAGGUAUAUUCGAUGAGGGUGGUUGUCACCAAAAGGUUUACAAGGCUGUCCUCAAGUUGCCAGGGUGCUUGUAGUAUGUUACUGGAUUGCGAAGCUCUUCUGACGAGCCGCUGAGUUGUAAGGCGAUUGCAGAAGCUGCUAACUUGGCUGUAAAAUAAGCUUCAGUGCCCCAAAGUUAGCACCCGGUGGUGAACAUAUAAGAGAAAACAGCCUAAAUGGCAGACCUGUACCUGCCAAAAGGCUGGAGGCGCGAAGAACAAGCCCGGAGAUUGGGCCUAUCCGCCGGAAAGGUUGACGUCUUUUACUAUGGCCCUGACGGGCAGAGGUACCGCUCGAAACAGCAGCUUGCCAAGGCUCUCGGUGAUGCUGUGGAUUUGACGGCGUUCGACUUCCGAUCCGGUAAGCUGAGCGCAGUCGCAGCACGUAAAGCGCGCCAACACAGUCGAGUAACGGGUGGAGGAAACGGGGGAGGCCCUUCCUAUGAAUACCUUCGGGGUCUUAAGGCCGAGGCAUGCCUUGUCGCACCCAUCCGACAAACAGCGUCGAUUUUUAAGCAGCCGGUUACUGUUGUGCACAAUAUGAAGGAUUACACGUCUACAAAACAUGACAUUAAAACUAUCGUUUCGAAUGAUAAGCCUAAGCAGCCUCCGUUUCAAUUAUUCUGGGAACGCCGCCUCCAACGAUUGGGCACAAGCGAUCGCAACGGCUUGGCACAGUCACCUCUAGAAUUGCCCCGUGGAAUACGGGGAAUCUCGCACGACCUCAGUAAAGACACGCUGCUUCGAAGCGUGGCCACGGCACUGCACGUUUCGCAGGGUCCUGUAGUAGGUCAACUUCAUGCCAAGGGACAGCAAGACAGACAUCCGGCAGUUUAUAUUAACCCCGAUCAACCUCUUGUGCAGGCAUUGAUUGUGACCGAGGAAGAUAUCCGAAAGCAAGAAGAACAGGUUGUCAUGGCCCGAAAACAGCUGCAGGCUGCUCUACAGGAAUUACGUAAUAUCGUCGAACAAUAAUUGGGGAUUUUCAGCCUGCCGGCUAGUGUUACUGUAAAACACCUGGUUCUGCAAGGAUCGCUGGAAGAAGUUGCAGCAACUCGGUGGUGCGACCACGGUCUACCAAUAUCUAGUAUAGACUGUUUAUACAUAAAGCGUGCAUGUACACCCACAAAAGCUUCGCUUAUUCAGCUAACUAGUAAGAUAUAUAUACAUAAUGUAUACGUGCCACGGUAGUAUAUGUAGAAGGACAUUACGCUUGGUAGACACUUUAGGAGAUGCAUAAACUAUGUUCACGCAAACAGACCUAAAAGAGGAAAAAUGAGCUUCAGAGUUAACGAAUAUUAAUGAUUGUACACGCUGUCCCCGUAUAUGAUAAAAAUACUAGUAAUAUGUUGAUUGCAUGUGAUAACACAUGAUCAGGUUUGUCAAUAUGGAAUCGUAUAGAGGUCAUUUUUUCGAGCAGCUCAAAAGAAGUACUUAGAAAGAAACAUAGAAGAAUGCUGUAAUAAAUGAGAUAUAUAUAUAUACAACUGAUAAUAAUGACUGACUCGUGUCAAUUAGUUUAACCAAGACUUUCCGUGCUCAUGUGCGUGAAAGUGCUGGAAUUAAUCAUUAAGGAACUCUAUAGGGGAUCGAAAUCAUAAACGAGAAAACCGAAAACAAAAUUUAUUUUCCCUUCCCAUCCAACAUCAUCUGUAUUCGUAUUUUAAAUAGACAAAAUCUUACAGGAAUUUUGCAGUACAUUUGCGACUCACCGAUGGAACAUCUCGCUAGAUCUUACCUCGUUAGAUGCCAGAGAGAAAUGCUGACGACCUAACAAAGCGUUCUGAAAUUAUCCGUAUAUUAUGGCAAAAAAAUCCGAUUUUUCA